AUGAAAAAUCACGAAAUGUCUACUUAUGCAGGCAAGUUGUCUUAAGUCUAUUAGAAUGACAGUAAUUCACAUCUUAGAAUAUUUAUUUAGCUAAUGAUGAAAUUUCCCAAUCAUUAGCAAAUAGUCCAUCUGUGAACACAAAUUUAUAAGUAGUAUUAAAGAAACUGUAAUCCAAAAAAAUUAGAUAAUUGUAUCAGGAACUAGGUCCUGUUUAUGAUAUUGAUGAAAACUAUGAGAUUCGAAAUUUCGAUGAUGACAGCUGUUAUUUUGGGUAAGUGGAGAAUGACCAAAAAAAUGGCACAGGAAUAUUGGUAUGGUCAGUGGUAGGAAAUAUACUAGAUGGGUAAAGUUUAUAAUUUAUAAAAUAGAAUUUGGGUGAAUAAUGAGUUAAACGGAUUUUGUAGAAUGAUUUACUCAAAUGGAGACAUGUAAAGUGGUAAUUAAUUGAAUAGUUUCGAAUGUGAAUUCAAAUAUGGGAAGGCUAAUGGAUUUGGAGUGUUCUCAACUAAGAGCAAAGUUGUGAAAGGUAAAUUAUUUAAUCACGAUAAGGGCUGUGGUCAAAUAAUGUACUUAAUGGAGAAGGGCAAGAGAUAAGAAGUGACGGAUCGAAGUACUUUGGACAAUUUAAGGAUGGAUAAAAAAAUGGAAAAGGGAUUAUAUAUUUUAAAGAUGGAUGCAAGUGAAGAAUGAGAUAUAAUUUUAGGUACGAAGGAGAGAUUAGUAAGAAUAAGUUAGAUGGAAAGGGUAUAUUGGUUUGGAAUGAUUCGAGUUAUUAUGAAGGGGAAUUUCGUAGUGGUAUAAUAAAUGGGAGUGGGAUUUAUGUUAGCGGAAAUGGAAAUAGUUUGAGUGGAUACGUAUGUUUGAAUUGAUAAUGAGGUUAUAGUUUGAGGAAAUCAGCAAUAAGGAUAGAAUUCAGAGAAUUUAAUGUAUUCAUAAUAGUGGAUCUGAACGAUUUAUAGAGAAAAUACGAUAUUUAGGAUUUUUUUGA